CUCAUUUAUAAGUCACAUGAAGAACAUUUAGCUUCAAAAGUCGAUAAUUGUCUAAGAAAUUCUAUCAGCUCAACAAUUUUAAUAAAAAUGAAACUUUUCUGUUUUUUAUUCACAUUUAUCCUUGUAAGUGUAUCGGCAAACGAUGAUGAUGAUGAGACAUAUAAAAAGAUUGUUUUUCUUACAAAUGCAGCCAUCGAGCAAGCAUUUAAUAAGAAUGAUUUAAUUGUAGGAAAUAAUUCUAGAGCAAAUGGAUUGGAAUAUAUAAUUGAAAAAAUUGUUAAUGAUGAAGGUUCUCCUAACAGGAAUUUCGCCAAAAUCAAUUUGAUGAUCACUGCACCGGAUCAAGUGGACCUUGCCAACAUUGUAACGGCAUUAGCUCGCUUUUUCCCACCGACUGUUUAUGCCGCUCAAUACCAGUUAAAUAUUCGAAAAGAAAUAAAGGAGACAUUGGGCAUUGCUAUUUCUGAUGCUCUAUAUCACGAAGAUUCUGAAGGCUUAAAUUUGACAACCCUUGCAGAACAGAGAAGACGUCGUGUUAUAACAUCUUUAAAAAAUAUAUUCAGACGUAAAUUAGGACCCAAGUAUGACCAAUUUAUGAUGCAACUAAAACUAGAAGUAAGAAAUACAUUAAACAAUGAAGUAAGCGAAGAUUUGGGACGUUUAAAUUUAACAACCCUUGCAGAAGAGAGAAGAGUUACCGGAACAUCUAUAGAAAAUACAAUUAGACGAGGUGUACUAGGAACUGAUACUUCUGAAGUUGUUGAAGAAACAAAUGGAUCUGUCCAUGAUGUUUUUUUAUGGGGGUUGUGUCGUUUGAUAGGACUAUAUAUAAGUGCACAAUUUCCGAGAUCAUACAUAAGAGAGCUUUGGAUUGACCCCGAUAAUAAUACUUGUAACAUGCAUGAUGGAACUAUAGAGAGAAGAUUUAAAAAAAUUAAUGACGUAUGGUGGCAACUAUGUCCAAUUGUUAGAGAAACUGUAUAGUUUAGACCACGAAACAAUGGUAUUAUAUCUUCUAAAAUGAUAUUAUAAUAUUUUUAUUUUAUUGUAAUAAUAUUUUCAUAAUGCAUUAAUGUAUUAUUUCUUACUGCACUAAUAGCUGUCAACUAAUUU